AGAGUUCAUAUUGACAAGCUAUUAUCCAAUGCAAUCGAUUGGAGCUCAGGAGGCGGAGUUUUUAGGAAUACGGGUGGUGGAGAAAAUAACACCAGGCGUGGCGUAAAUACUUCCGCCUUUCUCAAAGGACCACAAAAAUGACGGCGACUCUGCGUCCGUACCUGAACGCCGUGCGUGCCACCCUGCAGGCGGCCCUGUGUUUGGAGAACUUCUCCUCUCAGGUGGUGGAACGGCACAACAAGCCGGAGGUGGAGGUCAGGAGCAGCAAAGAGUUGCUGCUGCAGCCGGUGGUGAUCAGCCGUAACGAUAAGGAGAAAGUCCUGAUCGAGGGCUCCAUCAACUCGGUGCGGGUCAGCAUCGCUGUCAAACAGGCGGAUGAGAUCGAGAAGAUCCUGUGCCACAAGUUCAUGCGCUUCAUGAUGAUGAGAGCCGAGAACUUCUUCAUCCUAAGAAGGAAACCUGUGGAGGGCUACGACAUCAGCUUCCUCAUCACUAACUUCCACACGGAGCAGAUGUACAAACACAAGCUGGUGGACUUCGUCAUCCAUUUCAUGGAGGAAAUCGACAAAGAGAUCAGCGAGAUGAAGCUGGCCGUCAACGCACGCGCUCGCAUCGUCGCCGAGGAAUUCCUCAAAAACUUUUGAGGACAUCUGUCUCGGUGCUCUUUAUGGAGUUUGCUGUAAAGAGAGAGCGAGAGAGUGUGCGAGAGAGAGAAAGAGAGAGAGAGAGAGAGAGGCAUCGCAGGAAUUUAAAGCUCAGCAGGAGCUCAUCGUCACAGAAUCCAAAACGAACCCGAGGAACGAACCCGACUGAUCCUGCGAUGACGUACGCAGCAUCCCCCCCCCCUUAUUCCGCCUUCCGUCUUCUGUUAAAGGUGCUUCUUGUUCCCAUGGAUAUUGAUCACUGUACGUUUAAACAUAGAGAAGAAGAAAAAAUGAACCCCAUUUUCUGAAGAAUAAAAAAAAAAAUACUCAAGGUCAAGGCAGGUCCUUAAAAAGUAUUAUUCAAAUAUCCAUUAAUAUCCAUGGGCACAGGAAACACCACCAACAACACGAUGUAAAGUGGCUUGUAUUCAUUGUUGCGUCUUUUAUAUACUCCAUGUGGUUUUGUUUAGUUUUAUUUUUUUUGUUACGAAUACGUGACGCAUCACGACAGGCAAAAAAAAUAAAUAGUGGGUGUUUAUAUUUUGACACAGCCUCUGAUUAUAAUUGCAGGUGAAAUAUAAAGUAAAGAAAAAAAAUGUAAAACUGAUGGUAGCGAUGAAACCAAUAAAGAUCUAUUGCGCUUUGUGUA